GCGGCGCUGAGCGCGCGGGAUCCGGGCCCGCCGCCCGCUCGGAGCGGGGCUGUGGGGCCUUGAGGUUGUGGGGCCGGGACAUGGCCCUGGCGCUGCCGCUGCUCGAGCCGCCCUGGCCGCCCGGCCUGGCCCCGCUGAAGGCCGUGGAUGAGCUGCUGCGCUGUGGGAUUUGCUUCGACUACUUCAGCAUCGCCGUGAUCAUCCCGCAGUGCUCGCACAACUAUUGCUCCCUUUGCAUCCGCAAGUUUUUAUCCUACAAAACACAGUGUCCAACAUGCUGUGUGGCAGUCUCAGAAUCUGACCUGAAAAACAACCGGAUUUUAGAUGAUCUAGUGAAGAGCUUUAAUUCUGCAAGACAGCAGCUGUUCCAGUUAGUGUUGGAUGCUCCCCUAAUUCCAUCCACUCCAGCCUGCAGCCAGUGUCCAGCUGCCGAGAGCCACAGGAGUCCUGUUCCUCAGCCAGAUUCAAAAGAAGUGCUAGGGAUUGACAGCUUCUUAAGAAAGGAUAAAGUCUGCACCUCCACAAAGGCAGGUGGCCUGGCAUGGACUGAUCAGAAGAGUUUCAAAACUGAGGAACACCAUGACCUUUACAGCACUUCUUCAGUGGUUUGUGGUAAAGACAGCAAAGUGGGAUCACAAGAGAUUCCUGGGUGCACCAAAAGUCAUGAAAAGCCUUCUACAUCUGUGGUAAAAGGAGACAAGAAAGUGGAAUGUCCUGUUUGUGAGGUUGCUAUCCUAGAGCAAUAUAUAAACAAACAUCUGGAUAGCUGCUUGACCAGAGAGGAGAAGAAGGACAGCCUCCGAAGUUCUGCUCACAAAAGGAAGCUGAUGUCCAAAGUUGUUUAUAACCUGCUGUCGGAUCGAGAUCUGAGGAAGAAGCUCAAGGAACAUGGUCUGUCUACCUCUGGGACCCGCCAGCAGCUCAUUAAGAGACACCAGGAGUUUGUGCAUAUGUACAAUGCUCAGUGUGAUUCCCUAAAUCCCAAAUCAGUUGCAGAGGUUGUUAAAGAGCUGGAAAAGAAUGAGAAGAUUCGGGUUCAGCUUGAGUGUAAUAAACCCGGUGAAAACAGCUUGACCUUCACAAAGGACCAGACAGAGGAAGAAAUAGAUGAGAUCCACGCUGAAUAUCGAAACAAACACAGAAGUGAAUUCAAGUUCUUGGUGGAUCAAGUAAAUAAACGGUGGAAGAAAAGAGGUGAGAGCAAAGCAGAAGGUGCAAAACAAAACAAAGAGGAAGUUGCUGUCAAAGAGCUGCCAGCAGCCACAGAACCUGAGGAAGAGCAUCACACAGCUGUUGUCCUUGGAAAAGCUCAGGAACUCCAGUCAGAAGUUCAUGAUGGCCAAAGAAGUGAAUCUCAUUGCUUUAAGGAAAUCCAGAGAUCGGCCUCUCCUGAGUUCUCUCUGUCAUCUGGGUCAACAAGCAGCACCAAUUCGGACAUUCUGGCAGAUGGGGAAGGGUCUGAGACGUGUUCGGCAUCCUCUGACAGCAGCAGCUCCGUGGCUCUGACAGGGAACAAGAGGAAGUUGCGUCGGCCGCGAAUGCCCGAGAACGAUCGAGCGAUUCCCCAGGGCAAGCGGAAGAGGAGCUAGUGCUGCAGAACGCCCGAGCUCAGCGCUGGGAAACCCCUCUUGGCCUUUUCCCAUUCUCAGAGUAUCUGGGUACUGAGUAAAAUGCUGUAUUUUCACAUCACUGCCAUUCCAGCUGCAUUAAUGACCAGGCUAGUGGGUUUGCCCACAGCCCUGUGGGCCACUGGCGGUUGAGGUUGGGCACAGAGUGCCGGAGCCCUGCAGGAGCCUGGCCUGGCUCCUGUGCCGUGAGUUCCCUCGCCAGCGCAGCACGCCAGGUCCCUGUGUUGCUACUGUUCCUGCUUGCAUCCUGUGGAAGCCUCAUCUGCCCUCCUGGAAGCAGCUGCAGGACAGUGUCUUGUUUGGGGGCAGGCAGGUACUGGUGCCCCAGUUCCCUGGCACAGCCAGGGGAGGGAGGGACUGAGGAAUGCAGGGAGAUUCUGUCCUACACAAAUAGGCUUUUUUAUACGUGUCUGUGUAAACGUACUCAGUAUUACAUGUCAUUAUUUUAGUUUAAAGUCCUGAAACUGGAAAGAAGUUGGAAAGUCGUUGGACAUGAAGUAUUCUAGCUUUCAAACAAAUAGUUACAUUGAAAAAUCUGAUCUUCCCUAGGAGGUGGUGGAAUUUUGUAAUGCAAUAAAGCAGUGCAAGAAAGUGAAGGAAAUGAAAGAAACCUGAACACCAGGGAAGGCUUUUAAAAAUAAAGCUUGUAAGCAAAAUAUGAAAAAUACUUCAGGUGCUUUUGCUGAGCCUGAAGUUUUGGUCAGACCCUGUCAGUGGGAGCUUGGCAAAGAAGGCACAAAAUCUGGGUAAGAUUGAGGGUGGUUGUGUCUUGACUUCGGACUGUAGCUGAGAUUCAGAAAUAAUCCUCCUCAGGCCAUGGUUCCCAGGAAUAUUUGUGUGUGGAACUGGCUAAAUUGUGGCACAUAUAAACUGUCAUAAGUACAUGAGGUGGGGAGAUGCAGAGGCAAAGCAGGCAUCUGUGUUGGUUUGAUUGUUUUGAAAGACAGUAAUUACUGAUGUCUGCUUUAGGGCUGCCUUUUUGUCACAGCAGCUCACAUAAGACAUUGAAAUUGGUUGCAGUCAGCCAGUGAAUGGUAAUAAUAUUGUAAAUUAGUAUCCAAGGGCUUUCCCCAGGCGCUGGCAAAGCAGCUGCUGUUGCAGUGAGGGAAGGCACUGCACUGUCGCUGGUGGGGCACUGGUGUGGCUGCAGGUGCUGACAUUUCCCUUGGAAAUGAGCUAAAGAGCCUCACUGCCAUGGGGGCUGUGACAGUUCUGUGGUGUGGUAGAAGGGAGAGAACAGCUGGCACGUUAAAUACGGGCAUGAAUCAAACUGCUUCGCUGACAACCUGUGGAGGUUCAUUUUUUUUAUAAAAGGUAUUGUUGUCAUCACCACUUAAAGUCCAAACUGGUGACCUUUGCCUGAGAUGGAGCUGUGGGUCAGUGCUGGAGGAGGGCGAUGGUAUUUGUAGAGGUGACAAACGUGAGUGGGGUGUGUGGACGUGUGACAUGGUGGUCGAGGUGCUGGGGGAGGCUGCAUGGAGCAGACACACUGGGCAAUGUGGAGGCUUAGGAAAAAAUGCGGAUUUGAUGGUCUGAUGCCUCAUUCCUGCCUGGACAGAGUGGGUGCCUGGGCAGGAUCCAGUCUCUCCUGCCAGACCCAGUGCCAGGGCCAGCUCCAGCCCCAGGCAAGUGCCAGGGUGCUGCCAGGUCCAGCCUUUGCCAGGAGUAGCUGCUGAUCCCCUGGGUGCCAUAAAUGACGCUUGCUACACAUCUCACCAACCCAAGAUUCACAGGAAUCGCAUAACGUAAGGGAAAAAACAACAGGGAAGGAAACACAAUGUCCUCCCCACGCUGUCCUGUCCCCUGCUCCCCUGGGCAGCUCUGCUCCUCCGUCACAGAGUCAAGGGGCAAGCGGGAGCAGUUGGGGACUGUGAAUAGGCAGGCUGGGGGCAGAAGUCACGGCCAGAGAAGCCAGGGCAGCACUGACGGUGGUGACGCACAGGGCGGUGCUGGGACAGGUCCUGCUGGGGCUGAGGGUGGCCCAGCUGCCACUGGCCCAGGGCCCCACAGAGGGGGAAACGCACCACUGUGGUCUUUGGGUGAGUAAUUGUGAAGGUGCUGCAUCCUCUUACACCUUUUCAUUGGGCUGAUUGUGACCAGUGUUUGUCACAUCACCCACAGCUGAUGCCUUGUGCUGGGCUUGGCAGUGCAGGAGAGGUGUGGGGUCCCAGGGACCCUCUGUCUCACCCUGCUGCCAGGGAUGUGGGAUCCUGGGACCCUCCAUCCCACCCUGCUGUGGGUCCAGCCUCUCUGCAGCAAUUCCCAGCGUGAAUCCGGGGCAGAUUCCUGAUGACUGCGGUCCCUGGAGGACUGGGAGUAGGGCAGAAGCUCCCUGGAGGACUGAUACUGGCAGCCAGGGUGGUGCUGGGCUGCCACUGGAAAACUCUGGGAAGGGCUGCUUUGGGCAGGGAGUCCAUUCAGGAGGAAAUUAAUUCAGUCACGGAGCAGUCCCUCAGGCUGGGGCAGAAGGGCAAAACUGGAAACAAAAUAAUCAAAAAGUAAAAAUGUCCUGUUCCCCCAGCCCGGCAGUGGAGCCAUGAGAAAGGCAGCGAUCCUGGGAAUGGGGGAGAGGCAGGAGCAGAGUCACCCUGCCGGCCAUGGGGCUCCCUGCUGGCUCCCGCUCCGUGACUCCUCUGAAAUGAGUAGCUGGGGGUUAAACAGGAGUUUGGGGAGGUGGGGGGGGGGGGGGGGGAUGUCACCUGGUUUUGUUUGGCUUUGCAGAUGUCAGGGAGUUUCUAUUGGGUUGUUUCUGUCAGGCAGGAAUGCCUUUGAAAGCAAAGGGAAUUGCCCCAGACUGAUACCCAGAGCUGGGAGCUCUCCCAUCUCCCUGCCCCCGUGAGCAACCAGGGCAGACAUCCCUGGAAAAGAUCCCAUUCCGGGGUGGGAUGCCCCAGCACCAGCUGAUGUGGGGGAAAGGCAAAUGGAUCAUUUGCACGGCUUUACAUGCUGACAAGGGCAAUGGGCUGUUCUGAUACUGCUCUUAAUGUUUCAGAGGAAAUAAUAAGGGAUUCACUUGCCUCUCACUGUGUCUCACUCAUCUGGGAGCAGGCCAUGUGCCCCAGGGAUGGCUGUGCUGUGGUGUUUCCUGGUGUUUUCCCAGAAGUUCUGAUUUUGCAGGAGAACUGCACUGAUGGGCUGAUUCCUCCUGCCUUUGGUUGGACGUUGUGUGUCACAAACAGCAGGACAGCCAGUGCUCCGGCCGGGCUCUGGCAGGGACUGGAGGGGUUCCUUGGAGCUCAGGACACAGGGGGGGUUGGGCUGAGCACCCCGGGGAGGGACCUGCGGCGGCGGGGGACAGGCAGGUGUCAGGGUCUCUCAAGGACACUUCUCCUGUGUUUGCUGGCAGGAGUUAAAAAUAAAAAAGGAGAGUCUGUUUUGAUAGAAGAACAGAUACUCUGGAACUGGAACACGUUACACAAGCGGAGGAAUUGAAGGUGAAUCACAGUUACCUGCUGGGCAAGCCCAACACCAGGAUAUGCUGUCCAGAGGAAAGAAAAAUCAUGGGUCUGUCCCACCUGGCAUUGGAGGAGCCAGAGAGCCUGAAGUCAAAAUGAUCUGGACAAAUUGGUGAGUUGGCUCCAAAUCAACCACCUGGAAUUAAAUAAAGAGGAGGAUGAAUUACCAGCUUCAGGAAGGAGAAGGUAAACACAUUACUGCAAAUGGGAAGUAAUUAGUGAGGCAGAAAAGUUUGUAUAAAUGUAGUUGGGCUUCAUUUUCGUGGUGAAAGCUCACUGCUCUGGUUAAUUAUUUGGUCCCACAGAGGCAUUCCUGAACCUGGACGGGGGAUUUCAUAGCAGGUACUCGGUGGGAGAGAAAUGGGGGCUGUGUGGAAGCACCCUCACCUAUGUGGGCAUUCCCAGACACACAUCUCCUUAUAUACUUACACAUAUAUACUGAAUUAUCCUGAGGACUGCAGCCUCCUUCAUAUCACUUGGCCAAGAUUUUGUUGUUGUGAUGAGCAGCAAACUUGAUUCACUUUCCUUUGUAUACAUAUGCAAAUAAUUGUAAUCAAAACAAGCAGACCUUUGUUCUGGCUCUUCUGUCUUUAGCUAACAAAAUCUCAAAUAGAUCUUGUUAUUUCUAUCUUUUUCAAAUAGAAAAGUGCCUCACAUCACUGGACAGAAGCAUCAGUGUGUGUACAGGGGUUGCAGGCAGUGCUGUGCAUGGGGUGCCUGGCAUUACCCAGGUGAUCCAUACCUCUGACUAUGGAAAUGUUGAGUUAAUAUCCCAGAUCCCAGCAGAUGACACUCAACAUGUCACUGGGGUGUGCAGGUCCCAUAGCACCUGUCACUGCUGCAGGUGUGAAUCCCUGUGCCACAGGUACAGCCCCAGGGCUCCUGGGUCUCACCAGCUCUGCUUUGCUUUUCCUUCUAGAUGGCGAGUGAGAUUUCAGGGUACUGCAAUGAACAGCUUGAAGUUACACACAAAUGUAGUAAUCCCCCCCAAAAGUAAUAAAAUUAUUAUGUAGUCUCCCAACAGCUUGAACAUGAACCUUCUUUGUUAAAAACCUAUGGACUAUGGAUACAUAUUUCAACUUUAUUAUACCAACUUGCUACUCCCAGGGUCUGUGCAGGCUCCAUUGGUUUUAUGGGCUUUGAGGCCACAAUGGGAUGAAGCAAGGAACAUUUUAGCACAGUGUCCUUGGGAACCUUGUACAGACCUGGCUCCUUGGGGAGGUGCCUGGGGAGAGCCUCUGUCCCUCUUUGCUGGGACAGGAUGUGCAGGGCAGUGUGGCCUGUGUACGAUGGGCAGAUGGAAGCAGGGGGAAUUCCCUACAGAAACCAGCCAUCUACCCUGUGAGGCUCUGCCCCAGCCUGAAUGGGACUCUCUGGGCUAUAGGAUCAGCCUGGAUUAUUGGAUCAGCAGGAUCCAUAGCCUGCUCUAGUUUAAAUAGGUUUAAGCUUGUUGAUUUGAUCAGAGCACUGCUGCUGUAUCCCAGGGCUCACCCCGGGGCAGGAGGUGGCAUCCCAGUGUGCUCUGGGAUGUGUCUUCAGAGGCGCUGGGGGUUUCAUUUGGAGUGCCAGUGAUAGAGGGUAUGGAAAGUGUACUGGCUUAAUGCCAGGAAAUUCAGGCUCUUUUUCCAGGGUUUACCUCCCAAAGCUGGACAAGCCUGACUCAGGCUCUGGUGCUGGUGUGGCUGGAGGCCAUGGGAGCAGAGGCUGAUGGAUUUCAGUGAGUUGGGGAUUCAAAGGAAAUGGUUUGAAUCCCAUGAACCUUUCAGGGACAUGAUGUCAAAGGUUCUCUAACACUGAGUAAGUUUAGUGUGUUCCCAGAUAAACCAGGGGAAAGAGAAGAAAUUAUCUUGAUAUAUGCAUGAACUCAUAGGAAUUCUUUUUCUGCUGUGAAUGCUUUACAGAACUCAAGACCGCAGCGUCCAAGCUGAUCUCCCUUCUCCAUUUGUCUGUGUACACAAGUCAGCUUCUCUGGCUCCCUUUCCCCUCCCAGUAAUGUUCUGAUGACUCAGUUUCCAAAGCCUUCCCCAGCCAUGGCACAGCUCUGUGCAGAGCCCAGACAGCCAGCUUGUGUGCCGGGGCAGGAAUUCUGGGACUUACCAUGGGCUGCAGGUUUUUUUUCCAGUUUUUUUUUAUUGUGGUCAACCUCAGCACUAGGUUUUUGGUUGUUUUUUUUGUUUUUCAGCUAACAAAAAGAAAUACCAUGGCCAGAGCAUGGUGCAGGCAGGUGAUGUGGUGGAUGACACAGCACUACCCAGGAAUGUAACUGUUACCUGCAUCUGGACAUGCCGUCUGCACUGGCUUAUUUAACCCCUGAUCAGUGAACUCAGUAACACAAUGAAUUUUGAAUAUGGUUUUGGGACCAAAUAAUUCUGUGCAUUGCUAUUAUUUUCAUGUUUUGUCUCCAAAGCCUUGUUUCCUUUGGUACAGAACAUUUUACAGUAUUGACUCUGUGUUUUUCUGGAAAUCAGCACACCAACUGGUGAGCCAUGGAGGAAUUCGGUCUCAGACUUGAGAAUUGACUCAUGCACGUUAAAGAAAGACAUGGAAAAUUUGUAAUUUACUGUGCCCUUAGUACAUUCUCAAGACUGAUUUAAAGCCCAGAGCAUUCAUCAGCUCUGUAUUGAAGCACAAAUAUGCCUUUUCCAGGAAGGUGUGUCCCUGGCACUGCUUGUCUCUGUGGUUUUAGUAGACUUACUAAAGUUAGGCUUCCUGCAGGCUGAGUGCAAGAGGUGAGGACUAGGAAAAAAUUCUAGGAUAAAGAGAAAUUCCCAUGCAAGAGCAGCUGGUACCACAUCCUGGCUCUCCAGCCUGCAGUGCCUGCUGUGGGCUGCAGCCAUGCACGAGCUCAUGGGCGGCUGCAGCUCCAUCUGCAAAGCUGUGGCCUGGGCUUGAUGUCGUGCCAGACCUCUUCUGUCCUGGGGACUAUAAAGUUGGGAUUCCAGAUAGCUAUUGGAAAAACAGCUAUUUCAGCUCCAGCAGUAAACCCAAAUGCAAUUAAAUUUAGCUUUAUUUAGUGUUUGUGCUUUUGAUUAUCCCAAAGCAUGUAUUUUUAAAAUAAAAAUGUUUCCAGCUCUA